CUCUCACCUUCAAUCCUCUUCGCUUUUCUUUUCUCCUUUCCUUGACAAUCAUCUUUGUGUUCACCCUCUCAUCAUUCAUCAAUAACCUGGGAAUACCACAUCCAAUCGCGUUCAUUACUCUCCACAUUCGUUCCCUCGGCGCUGCUACCGUUGCGUUGCCGCAUCACCAGCCAACCACAGUCUUUGUCUCGCUCUCCCUCCGUCUCUUUGAUGUUGAUCACCAUCCUUCAAGUUCAAAUUUAGAAGAGAAAAAGCUUCGAUAAACUCCGGCCAUCUGCUCCACUUCACCGACUCUCGUUCGCCAAGGCCGCCCGUCCAGGUCCUGAGAUCACCGCCGCGGCCUGUUUCCCCACACAUUCCACCAAACCAUCGACGGCGACCUGGACCCACCCCUCUGACGUCCGCGUCCAACUACCUCUACUAGUACCUCUUCAGCUAUGUCCUUAAGAAGUACGAAGUCGCCAACCGGGCAUCGGGGAUUCCACCAUAUCCCUUCCAACACUGACUCCGACGUUGAAAUGGAUCAACUCAAUGAUAUCCCACUACGACCCAUCCGUACCAACGCAUCUACUGCCUCGAGGUCCUCCAACGGUGGUGGUGUUCGAAAGGCUGACCAGACUCUCUCCAACACCCUGGGCGGCGCCGUCGACUCAUCGUCGUCCCCCACCGAGAAGCAUGGCCUCUUUCACAAACCCAGCAAGGCCAGCCACCGCCAGGCCGGGCCUUCUGGACGGCGCCGUGUGCGAGAUCUGAGCCGGCCGGGCACCAAUAUGAGUGAGGAUCACAAGCUGAACGCGCUGGGUCGCUUCUAUCGCAAGGUUGUCAGCUUUCCCUUCGUCACCCGCUACCUCAUCUACAUUAUCCCCAUCGCCUUCCUGUUCGCUAUCCCCCUCUUUGUGCUGCCCUUUACGGGCAACGUGGAUAACAUCCAGCUCGGCACCAGCGACAGCGACAAGGAAAACUACACUCUCUUUUGGCUCUUUCUCUGGAUCGAAAUCUCGUGGCUGUCGCUCUGGACCGCCAAGCUCGUCGCCCACGUUCUCCCUCACAUCUUCAUGUUUCUCUGCGGUGUCGUCAGCGCUGGAACCCGCAAGUACGCCAACGUGCUGGCCGCUCUCGAGAUCAAUUUGUCCUUGUUUCUCUGGCUACUGGCCUCGUGGCUCGUGUUCAAGUUCCGCUUUACAGACGACAGCAUCGAAUGGGUCCACACCAUCAAGCGCAUCCUGCUAUCCCUCUUCAUCUCGUUUGGCGUUUUGCUGGGAGAAAAGGCCAUUGUUCAGCUUAUCAGCAUUUCGUACCACCAACGCUCCUUUCACAACCGCAUCCAGGACUCCAAGCGCGACAUCUACCUCCUGGGUCUCCUCUACGACGCUUCGAGGACUCUCUUCCCCAUGUACUGCCCCGAGUUUGCCGACGAGGACUAUGUCAUCAGCGAUAGUAUCAACGCCCUCCUCAUGCGCGACCGGGCCGAGAAGAUGCGCCCCGGAGGCACCAGCACCCCCAUGCGUAUUGUCGGCGACGUCCACCGCAUCGGCGACAAGAUCACCUCGGUGUUCGGCAACAUUGCCUCCGAGAUCACCGGCAAGAACGUCUUCAACCCCACGUCCGCGCACUCCAUCGUCAUUGAAGCGCUCGAAAAAGUCCGCAGCUCCGAGGCCAUGGCCCGUCGUAUCUGGAUGUCCUUCGCGGCCGAAGGCGAGGAGGCCCUUUUGCUGGACGACAUCAUCGAAGUUCUGGGCCCCCACCACCGCGAAGAGGCCGAGGAGUGCUUUAACGCUAUCGAUGCCGACCAAAACGGUGACAUUAGUCUCGACGAGAUGAUCCGCAAGGUUGUUGAUAUCGGUAAGGAGAGGAAGGCAAUCGCUCACAGCAUGAAGGACAUCAGUCAAGCCUUGACGGUGUUUGAUAAGGUCUUGCUGUUUGUGGUGCUGAUCAUUGUGAUCAUUAUCUUCUUGGUUGUCUUCCAGAGCAGCUUUGUGACAACUCUGGCCACGGCUGGCACCACGCUUUUGUCGUUGUCCUUCGUUUUCGCCGUUACCACGCAGGAGUUCCUCGGUUCUUGCAUCUUCCUGUUCGUCAAGCAUCCGUAUGAUGUUGGCGAUCGUGUUGAUAUCAAGGGUCCCGAUGCUGAGCAGCUCAUUGUUGAGAAGAUCUCUCUCCUUUACACGGUCUUCACCCGUAUUGACAAGAUGCAAGUUGUUCAGGUUCCCAACAUCCAACUCAACAACCUCUGGAUCGAAAACGUCACGCGAUCCAAGGCCAUGAAAGAAACCGUCGACGUCGCCGUAUCAUAUGAUACCUCAUUCGAAGAUAUUGAGCUUCUCCGCCUCGAACUCGAAAAGUUUGUCCGCUCGCCCGAUAAUAGCCGUGACUUCCAGCCCGACAUCAACAUUAUGAUCAACGACGUUGGCAACUUGGAUAAGACGACGCUUAAGAUUCAAAUCAAGCACAAGUCCAACUGGCACAACGAGGCUGUGCGUUGCACCCGUCGCUCCAAAUUCAUGUGCGCUUUGGCCUUGGCCCUCAAGGCGGUCCCCAUCAACGGCCCCGGCGGUGGUGGUGAGGCGUUGGGCGGUCCUAACAACCCGACUUACUCUGUUGCUGUAACCGAUGAUUUCGCUGCGACGGCUAGAGAAAAGGCGGACAAGGAUAAGGCGGCGGCCAAAAUGGUUAACAAACUACGCCAGCAGGAGGAUGAUGACAUUUCUGGCAGCGGCAAAACAGGAAGCAGCAAGAUGGAAGCCGAGCAACAAGCAGUCGCCAACAUCAACGCCUCCGAUCCCGUCGCCGAGGCGCUAGAUGAAUGGGGCUACGACAGGGCCACCCUGCGCUCGCGUGACGCUUCCCCCGUCGGCCGCGCCGGUGACGAUGCCGCCUCUUCCAUCGCCCGCCGGAACUACUUGUCGGUCCGUGAGUCUCAGCGCGGACGCAGAAAACCAGGCGAGGGACUGCCGUCCGGGAAUAGGUCCCUGAGCGUGCACGUCACUCGUCCCUCUGUCGGCAGUGGCAUCGGCAGUGGCUUCGGCAGCAUUCGUAGCCCGAACACUGGCCGCCGCUCCAACCUUUCCUUUGACGUAGAGAGAGGCGAAGCCGGAAUCAGCCCCGGUACCUACAGCUACGGCCAGGGAUAUGCUGGGCAAGGACAGCCAGGGCCGAGUGUGUCGCAAUACGCCGGGGCAGCUUAUGGCGCGCAACAGAAUCAACAACCGAUGAGUCCUAGCUCGCCCAUCACCAGUGGUGGAUUGUACGCGGGACAGUCGACUUUGUCUCCUCUUUCACAGCAGCCACAGACUCCUCAGCCAGUUUACACCGCCCCUGGAGCAACUGCCACGACGGUUCCACCACCGCAGACCUUGCCCGCUCCGUCGCCUAUGACGCUCAGCCCAACCCCCCACACCCGGUCCAAGCGGGACAAACGGGACAAACGGGACAGGAGGACCGGUGGGAGCAAGGCCGAGGGGGGCGAGUAUGUCUAACCCGACAGCGGGAGUGAACAGACCUACGACAACUACUGCUCCUCCGCAAGGACAGACACAGCAGAUUCAGCAGGGACAACCACCGCAAGCCCAACUCCCAGGGAACUUACCCCAGCAAGCCGCGGCCGCAGUGACGGGCUCCGACUUGACUCAAACCCAAACCUCUCACAACCAGGAACACAGAUAGAAUCAGAAGCACCGCCCUGGUAGUACCGACCCUGCUGCCCCUGCCCAUUCGGCUCUCCAGGCUCCUCCUGCUCCCGUGGUUCUCCCGAUUGGUUAGGGACCCUCGUUACCAGAGAGACCAAAGCCGGCGUCGAGGAUGAGAUCAGCGACUCAUCCUUCCAAUUGGCCACGAAUACGAAGUCAGAGGGAUGAGGAAAGGAGUCAGGGUAGUCGUAGUAGGAGUGGAAGUUUCUGGAGCAGGAAGGAGGAGAAUCGGUGGGAAAAUUUGCGAUUUUGAGAUCUUUCUUUUUCUUGUAGAUUUUAUAGCUUAUGGGGAUGGAUAUUUGAUGUACGAUAAAGACGAUAUUGGGAUGGAUGGAUACUAUUGAUACCUAGGUAAUCUGAUACGGGUACUGAUUGGGAAUGGAACUGGGGCUGGAAUUGGGACUGAAAAAGGACAAGACAAGAAAUGGAGAAGGCAAACUAGAAGAAGAAGAAGACAUAAUGCAAGUGAGGCACUGAAGGAAUGUCAAAUGCUCUGAAUGAUAGAAAGGCCUGGUUGUGUUGUGGCGGAGCCGAGAUGGAGAGGAUGAUGUUAGAUGAGCAUACCUUGACCCGUUAGCAUAUGAAGUAUGACUCUCGAAACAGAUUAGAACAACCCACCGUGCAC